CGAGGAGGAGACCGGACUCGGGAGGGUGCAGGAAACUCUUUGGGGCUGGGGCCAGGCAGGAGAGGGUGGGGAAGUCUGUGGGCGCCGUCAUCCUCCAGGGUCCGGUCCAGAGGCAGCUUCUCCCGCUGUUGGGACGGGCUCUGGACACCUUCGGCUCUUCUUGCCUGUUUUCCAAGGCGCAAGCCAGAAGCUCGGGCGCUUGCUUGCUGAGCUGGUGACACAGGACACAGCCACAGAGCUGGUUCCCUCCGGGACCCCCUGCCUGACUGCUCUCUGCCCGGCAGCAUGGAGGAAAGUAGUGAAUAUGACAAUGACUAUGGGGCAGACAACCUGCCUGGGUGUGUGUACACGGACUGGAAGUCCUCGGGGGCCCUCAUCCCUGCCAUCUACCUGCUGGUCUUCCUCCUGGGCACCACGGGCAACGGCCUGGUGCUCUGGACCGUGUUCCGGAGCAGCCGGGAGAAGAGGCGCUCGGCUGACAUCUUCAUCUCCAGCCUGGCCGUGGCCGACCUGACGUUCGUGGUGACCCUGCCGCUGUGGGCCACCUACACCUACCGGGACUACGACUGGCCCUUCGGCACCUUUGCCUGUAAGCUCAGCAGCUAUGUCAUCUUCGUUAACAUGUACGCCAGCGUCUUCUGCCUCACCGGCCUCAGCUUCGACCGCUACCUGGCCAUCGUGAGGCCCGUGGCCAACGCCCGGCUGCGGCUGGCCACGCCGGCCAUGGUGUUGCGCGCCACGGCCGAGGUGCCUUCCGGCCCGGACAAUGUCACGAAGGUGGAGUGCUACAUGGACUACUCCAUGGUGGCCACCCCCAGCUCGGAGUGGGCCUGGGAGCUGGGCCUGGGGGUCACGUCCACGGCGCUGGGCUUCGUGGUGCCCUUCACCAUCAUGCUGACCUGCUACUUCUUCAUCGCGCAGACCAUCGCGGGCCACUUCCGCAAGGAGCGCAUCGAGGGCCUGCGCAAGCGGCGCCGGCUGCUGAGCAUCAUCGUGGUGCUGGUGGUGACCUUCGCGCUCUGCUGGAUGCCCUACCACCUGGUGAAGACGCUCUACACGCUGGGCAACCUGCUGCACUGGCCCUGCGGCUUCGACCUCUUCCUCAUGAACGUCUACCCCUACUGCACCUGCAUCAGCUACGUCAACAGCUGCCUCAACCCCUUCCUCUACGCCUUCUUCGACCCCCGCUUCCGCCAGGCCUGCACCUCCAUGCUCUGCUGCGGCCACAGCAGGUGUGGGGGUGCCUCCCACAGCAGCAGUGGGGAGAAGUCGGCCAGCUACUCCUCCGGGCACAGCCAGGGGCUCGGCCCCAACACCGGGAAGGGCGGAGAGCAGACCCAGGAGAAAUCCAUCCCCUACAGCCAAGAGACCCUUGUGGUUGACUAGGGCUGGGACCCCAGAGAAGCCUGGUGCCCUCUGCACGCCCCAGCCCUCGCCCUUGCUCUCUGAAAGUCAGGUAGCUUGAGGGCACUUUUGCUCUUGCACUGGACGCCAUCCUGGCUCCCUGCCUCCCGCCUUCCUCUUGCACUCCUUUCUC